AUGGCAAAGUUCAGUGGUUUUGAUCAAACGAUGGAUUUAUCUGCUGCAUUAGCAUUGUUGUGUGAAGCUAACCCAUUUCACACUUCUGGAGCUGCGGCCCAGGCAAAUACAGUUCGUUCAGUUGUUAGAAAUGAAUGGGCUCAUUGUGAUUUUUCGCACUGGAGUGAUGUAAAUUAUCUUGCGUGUUUACAACAUAUCGAGUCCCUUGUGAAGAAGCUAAACUUGUCAAGUGCUGAUGAAAACGAGUUUGUCAAUGAACUGAAUAACUGGAAAGACAAAGGUAAUUUACCGUAUACAUUGUUUGCCUGUGUUUUCAGUGGCGAAUAUGCUCGGGCUAGAUUUGCGAGAAACGUCAUACAUUAGCGCAUUCAACGUCCCACCAAAUAUAACCAGGGACGCCGGAACGAUAAUAGGGCAAAGGGGGGCGGACGUACACCAAGGGCACUUUUACUGAAAAAUUUUUUUUCACUGCAAAAUUUUUUUUUCACUGCAAAAAAAUUUCGGUCAGUGUACCAUUUUAGGGGUCAAAAAUUUUUUCCGGACAUACAAAAAUUUUCCGUGAAGCCAAAAAUUUUUCCGGAUAUCUUAAAUUUUCGCCAUUUCUUCAAAAUAUUUUUCUAAAUUCCAAAAAUUUCCCAAAAUUUUUAUAAAUACAAACUAUAAAUUACCUGAAUCUCGUGAUUUUCCUACGGAAAGCAUCGUUGGAAAUGUGAUUUAUCACGUAUUAUUUUACAACAAAAAGGGCACUUCUGCCCCCCCUGCCCCCCCUAGCAAAAGGCAAGGGGGGCAGCCGCCCCCCCCUGCCCCCCCAGUUCCGGCGUCCCUGAAUAUAACAUCAUUUAUUAUAGCCGCUCUCAAUAAUACGUACCGCACUGCCCAUUCAGUAUGCGAAGCACCGUACCCGGCGUUGGCCUGAGGCGAUUGUACUAAUUGCGUUUGGUUAUUUACACCCGAAAGGAAAUUAUUAGCGUCAAUAAAGUUCAUCAGUCAAUAAUUUGUUGAAAAAUAUAGGUUGAAACAAUCGCUUUUCGAAUUAUUUUCAAAGGUGUGCAGUUAUGCUGUGGUCAAGCAGUAGAUCCCGAUCUUCUUAGAACAAUCAAAACUGAAGUUGCUGAACUUUAUGAUUCUGUGGCAAUAUGGCGAGAGGAGAACGAAGAUGCACAGGUACGGUGUAAAUAGUUGAACUUAAUUAUUCAAGGUUGUAUAAGGUAAAUCAAUCAUCCUAACAAAGCUGCUGUACUGCAGUGGUGUAGAGUUAAACCCUAUUGCAUGCACAAGUCUUUAUUUUAGUCAUCCUUAUUUUUUGUGACUAAUAGACACUUAAGGUGGCUCCCUUGGGUUUCAUUUCAGGGGGUUACUUUCGUAUAUAUGUAAACUAUCGCCUGUAUUAAACUCGUGUAACUUGUGUUUUAUAUGCAAAUUUUUUUUAAACAAAUGUGUGAACUUUGCUUUAGUUAAAAGCAUAAAAAGAGUUCUUUCGGAAAACCACAACGAUAAUUGUACAUGAUGUUUCAGAAAAAGAUAUAGAAUGCAAAUUUUUUUUCAAGCGGUAUUCUGGACGUUUUUGAUUGCCGUACCCGACGGUCGCAUCACAAACAUUGGUAUAUAUAUGAUAUCCUCAAGUAUUUGCAGUGUUUUCUGCACAAUCGAGCAGCACUUACAGUAUGACAAUAAAGAUGACUUAAAUAACGAGGCAGCCCUCUACGAGUGAAAUAAGUAGGGCCGAAACUCCAUAAACAUACCAUCAUAAAAACUAAAAUUUGAACGGGCGUACUGCGAAAGCAUCGCACGAUAGUACUAACUUGCACCGAACGAAUUUUAACAAACAUUUUCAAAAUUAAACCAAGAAGUCAACCAUAAUUAUCUAAAUAUCUUUGCCAAUUUUGCAUGUAAGUAAUAAUCCACGCUUAGUUGCCAUUAAUUUAACCGACAGUAGCAAAACAGUAUAUCAAACAUAAUUUAUUUUUGGUAAUUUAAAAAAUAUUAUGACUUGUAGUUUACGAAAUACAUGUACAUAUCAGAUGUGAUAAUUGUUCGCGUCAGGUCUCGUAAAAAAUGCCAAUAUAACCCAAAAUUUCUCCGUGUUGCUUCGGUAAAUUUUUUUAAAACUUUGCGCAUUUCUUAAUAUCGGCAGAACAAAUUUAAUAUCAUUUUUUCUUAAAAUUCUACCGAAAGGAAAAGUUUUAAUAUUGAUUUUUGACUUCUCUUCAAUUUUCUAUGAAACGUAUCGAUAUAAUUUUUUAAAAUUGAAGAAAAAAAUCAUUAUACCAGUAUUAUCUUUUAUGCAAAGUUCUAAAAUAAUUUACCGAGCGGAAGUUUUAAAAUGGCCUGAAAAAGACAAAUUUUGAGCUUUAUUCUAACCAUGCUGUUGCCAUGGUAACAGACUUUCAAAGUAAAUGUAGCAAAUUGGAAUGUUCAGCAGAGCAUUGUCAAUCACAGUAGCGUCCUGGGCCCGGUUGCAUAAAACCUGCACUUAACUGCCUCGACCCCAGGCGCUAUAAAACGAUUUCACAUAUGAGUCAUGCACUAAAUAAAAGGUUUACAUGAAGUAGUGCGUCACAUUAUAGGCGCCCAAAGGGGAAUGGAUUUGAACGUUCUGGUUAGCGCCUGGCCGAUCUUGUUAAAAAGCUGUCGAACAUAAUUUCAUAAAAACAAGUAGACAAUAGAUUUAAAUAUAAAUGCCUUCAUGUAUAUCACCAAAAAGAAAUAAAGUUAUCCUUACCUGACUAAUAUUGUCGAUCGUUUCGAUCGUAAAAAUCUAACAUACUGCAUGUAAAUAAGCUCGUCGUAACUGAAAUCCUGAGACGAAUCUUGCAAACGCAAUACACAAUAAAAAACUUCUUAUAGCUGUAUAUUUUUAAAAUAAAUUGCUCAUUGUGAUAAAAAUGCAUUGUCAUUUUUCCAUACCUUGUACAUUUAUUCUAUAAACCGGCUUCUACAGCCCCGUUGAACUCUUCAAGUGUUGACAUCGCUCGCGGAAUCAUUUAAAGCGUUGAUAAAUAAUAUCAAAUAUCAUCUGACUGCAAUCACAUGUUUAAUUAAACAAUUUGACAUGUUGUUUCCUCUCAAAAAAUGGUGAAAAAAGCACCCAAACUGUCGAAAAACCGCGAUUUGCAAGAAACAGAGAAUUUUGCAAGAAACGGCAUAAGAUCUCCCAGGCGUUCCUCAAUUUUCGAUGCCUCAAGCCCAUAACUCCCUGCGCUUGUUCGUCGCCAUGCACUAUUUUAUGUAAACCUUUCAUAUAGUGACUUGCAUGAAAUUUUUUAUUGGCGCAUGGGGACGAGGCAGUGCACUUAAGUAAUCACUUAAGUGGGGCACUUAAGUGUCCACUAAGUGUCCACGUAUGGGUGUUGCAUAAUGCAUACUUAACGGUUUCGUAAAUAUACGCGUUACCGGUUCUUGUAAUCCAGAAUACGUAGGUGAACACGUAUGUUUUUUUUUAACUGCUAACAUUACGUGCGAAGAUGAAAGUUUAAUAUAAUCUAAUCUAAUAUAAUAUAAUAUAAUAUAAUAUAAUAUAAUAUAAUAUAAUAUAAUAUAAUAUAAUAUAAUAUAAUAUAAUAUAAUAUAAUAUAAUAUAAUAUAAUAUAAUAUAAUAUAAUAUAAUAUAAUAUAAUAUAAUAUGAUAGGAUAUGAUAUGAUAUGAUAUGAUAUGAUAUGAUAUGAUAUAAUAUAAUAUAAUAUAAUAUAAUAUAAUAUAAUAUAAUAUAAGCAAAAACAGAGUUUAUUUAAACACUUCUGAUUGUUGGUAACAUAUAUAGCAUAUAUUUCACGAUAUUUAUUGUUUAAAUAUUUUAUUAUACAAUAGCAAACAAUAGUAAACAAAACGAGGAGAUAAUUGUACGUUUAUGCAUUGUACGUUUACACUCUCCUGCAUGUGUAGUCUUCUUUCGAAGAUAUUGUAACUUAAGGUCGAUGACUUCUUCCUUUUUUCGCCAAAUUCCCAUGCAUUUUUGUUACAUGUUCGUCGGUGAGAUGCUUUUCAUACACCUCUUCUUCUGCGAUAAUUUUCGAGCCACUUUUUGUUUUGGACAUGGCUGGUUCGUGUAUCGUAAAACAACUUUCAGAUAUGUUUAUCUUGCUUCACUACAAAAUAUUGUUAUAUUUUAUUUCUAAACAGUUAAUCUUCUUUAACCUUCCAUUUUAUCUCCAAGGUGCGUGUAACAAUAUUAGUGCACAUCUUUGUUUUGCACGUAAAUUUACGGAACCCCUAUAAAGAUCCCGUAAAUUUUCGUGCAAUGUUUCACUUAUAUGUCCCCAUUGAACGUUUUAUGUACCGCCGGAGGUUAUAUUGCAUAAACCACACUUAAGUAUUAAGUAAUACGCACGUAAGUCAUGGAUCUUACGUGUACAUUGUAAGUCUGCGACUUAAGUGAUGUUAUGAAACAUACGUAAGUUUAGUGAGCACGUGAGUCUAGUCGUAAACGUUAAGGGUUUUUUAUGCAACCGGGCCGGGGAUACUAUAGUGUAGUAUAAUACAAAAACCCUAGGGAUACACUUUAAGGUUAAAGGUGACAUAAAAAGUCCUGGUUGUAACGAUAAGAAAGACGUCGUAUAUAGAGUGACUGUGCUUGAAGUCGAUUUUUAAAUACAAUAUAUGUUAACAUUUUAUAAAAAAAGACUACCAUAAUUUUUCCAACAGUAAUUUACUGCAAUGGACAAGGUAUUUGUUUAUAAUUCUUAAUUUAUACACGCAGACUUUUUUAAUUCUUUCAAUUUAUUCACUUCAGAUGCAAUUAAUGCAGAGUUUAGAGUCUGUUCAACAGUUCUUCAAAAAGGAAAUCCAAAGUCUUCAGGAAAUCCAGUCUGUGAUGGGAAAAGAUAUUGAGAAACUAAAAGUUGAACAAGAAUAUUUGUCCACAAAAUACGAUACGACGUCCCAACAGUUGCAAGCCUUGGAAAACCAAGUUGCAAAAUUGGCUAUUGAAAAUCAAGAAGUUCCGUAUCUUUUUAUGUUGCCUGACAGAACAGAGUGGUUCUCUGGCAGAGAAUCUGAACUAGACAAUCUUCACAAACUUUUCCAGAUUAGUGAUGAUAUCAACGAAUCGAAAGUUCAAAUUGCAUCCGUGUGCGGGUUAGGAGGAAGUGGUAAGACGAGCCUUGCGGCAGAAUAUGCACAUCGAUGGAAAGAUGAGUACGAAGGAGGAGUAUUCUGGUUCUCUGGCGAAGAUGAAGCAAAAUUUGCUACCUCCGUUGAUAAACAUGCGGUAUAUUUUGGAACAUUGCUAGAAGCAUCAUCUGGUAGAACCCUUGUUAAAACUCUAGAUGUAAUUUCCAAGAUUCAAAAGCCAUGGCUGCUUGUUCUCGACGAUAUGGAUGAAUACAAGCUUUGUUCUAACAUUGGAAUGUUGUUGUCUGGCCCCUGGAAGCGCAACGUUAGAGGAUCUGGUCAUAUCUUAAUAACUACAAGGCGCAAGACGAAAGUCAUGAGUGAAACCAUACGAGGGUUUAAAGAGUCCCAGUGUCUUCAGCUUGAGUGUUUCAGUCUAGAAGAUGGAAAACGUUUCGUUUUUAAAAGGACUGGGAUUUCGUCCAAUGAAGUCACAUGUUCUGAAGCUGCUUGUCUAGUUGAAACUCUUGAAGGUUUGCCGCUUGCCUUGGAACAAGCAUGUGCGUAUAUAAGCCAUCUUUCCUGCAGUCUGUCCAUCUAUUUACAACAGUACAAACAGUAUUCCAUACAUCUUUUAAAAGACCAAGAAGCUAGUCCUGUUUCCCUUUAUGAAUCACCAGAACGAUUGGCAGUUCAUACAACAUGGCUACUGAAUUUUGAUUAUAUUAAACAGAGUGCACACGGAAAAUUCGCUGUUAGAUUUUUGAAUGCUUGCGCUUUUUUUAAUCCCAGUGAAAUUCAGAAAGAGCUUAUUAAUCCCGGGAAACCUGCGAUCGACGACGAUUCUUACCGAAACUACGUUGCUACUCCACUUGGCUCAUUACAUAUACUUAAGUUGCUUACCGAAUUUUCUCUUUUUAAAGAAAGUCGGAGUUCUCUUGCUGUCCAUCGCCUGGUUCAAGAAGUCAUUCGAGAUAACUUUCAGCCAGAGGAAUAUGUUUUGUCUUUUGUUGAUGCAGUACGAUUUUUGUGCUACGGUUUCUCAUGUUCACGUUCUCCGGACGAUCUUUUAACCGGCAUUAUUGAUAAAAAUCACGAUCGUGCAUCUCUUCAGGCAACUGAUCCAUCUUUUUUCCACGAGUGGCAUAAGAUGUGCUUGCAUGCUCAUGAAAUACGGAAGCUUCUCUUAAGUUUCUUAAAAUUAUCUCAGGUUUUAGAUCAAAGAAUCGUCAUUCCACAAACUGCCAGAUUGGUAUAUGAAUGUGCUCUUCACCUUAAUGUUAACAGCAUGGCAGCUGAAGCCAAAGAAGUUGUCGAUUUUGCUUACAAGAUCAUUCGCUUAGGGAACACAUCUUUAACAAAGGACGACUUGGUAAGCUUGUUUCCUCACGAGAUACCUUUGCCGGAGUUAGUUCGGAGAGUUAUUUCGUAUUCCUGUAUCGCUCCUCAUGUUGCUACAGUCCUUUCUUCCGUCGGAGAGAACGUAGAAAUUCUGCCCGUUUCAGACCUAAAAGAACAAGGGAAUGAUUACUACAAAGAUCGCUGCUUUCAAAAAGCAGUUGAAAAAUACACUUAUGCAAUGAACUCAACCGAUGGAAAAAGUUCCUAUGAUCCAACUCUUCUUAGCAACAGAGCUUCAGCCUUUGUUGAGUUGGAAAAGUUUGAUGAUGCUUUAAGAGAUGCUGAAGAAUAUAUUUCACUUCGCCCUAAGUGCUGUAAAGGCUAUGCUAAGAAAGCACUGGCAUUGUAUGGGUUGAAAAGGCUUUGGGAUGCUGCUUGUGUUGCAGCGUUGGCAUAUUAUUAUGAGCGAAAUAUAUUUGGCGGAUUUAAACCAUUUUCUGAGAACCAUUUCUUUCAAUCUUUGAAGGAUCGCAUAUAUAUUUGUUCUGCAAAUAUGUCUUCACUCGUUGCCUCCAUUUUGCAUCCCAAUUCAUAUUCUCAGGAGAAACGUGACUUACCGCGUAAAAUUGUUAUUCUUGAAGCAGGUAAUUAUACAUUGCAGAAACAACUGCGCAUUUGUGAUUGCAUUAUGAUUGGUGUUGGUGAUGGUGCAACAGCUUCGAGUCCUCUGUUAUCUUUCCAAGGACGAAAUGGCAUAAUUUCGUCCGGUUGCAUAAAUGCCGAAAAUAUUUCUUUGGCUUUUGAUAAUGGACACUGGGAGAGUACAGACGAUUGCGAUGCAACCUUCUUGAAUUGUAGUUUCACAGAUAGUCCAGAUUGAAAUCAGCCCACUUUUCCCUCUUCAGAAACUUUUGUCUCUUCGGGAACUUCUACUUUUACCAACUGUCACUUUGAAAACUGCAAAGAAAUUUCUUUGCGCGUUCUGGGGAAAACCUUUGUUGAAAAGUGUGUUUUCUCAGCAAGUGGAUUUUGUGCAGUACAAGUUUCUACGAAUGGCGUGUUAGACAUUAAAAACUGCAAGCUCCAUGGAAAUAAACUUGGAAUCCACAUUGGUCCAGGUGCUGGUGUGUGUCGUGUCAUUGACUGUGAAAUAUACGAUAACCGUUAUCAAGGCAUUGGAAUGUUCUGUAGCCCCAAUAUAAAUAUCAUUGGCAACCGCAUCUAUCAAAACGAUCGGCAUGGAAUUUUUCUUGAGGGAGUGUCAUUUACACAUAUUGAAACGAACGAAAUCUUUGAGAAUUGCUGGUUUGGUAUUGCCACGAUUAACAACGCCAGAUGCAACGUCGUUAAUAACAAAAUUUAUCGCAAUAAGCGUGGCGGUGUACAGGUUGUACCAAUAGGUCCAGGACCUGAAAAAUAUCACUCUGUUGUCGAAAGUAAUGAGAUUUUUGACAAUAAUGGGCCAGCAAUUUACGACGAAAUGAUGUUUCGAGAUCUACCGAAUAUAUCCAAGGAACAGACAUUGAACGAACACAUGUGGUUCUAUAAACACCGUGAACAAAUGAGGAAAGCGAAAUGCAAACAAAACAAGGAAAGAAGCAAAGCUAAAACAGAUCAUGCAUAUUCCGAAUACGAAAGGGAAACGGUAGAUUUCUGUGGAUUUUGUGAUGAAAAGAAACCGUUACGAAGUUGUACAGGAUGUUAUUCGGUUGGAUAUUGCACUAAGAAGUGUCAAAGAACGGACUGGCAAAAACACAAAAGCAUAUGUGUUUCUCUGCUGGAGGAAUCUACCAUCACUGUAAAAGUUCUUCCAAAGCAAGGUUUUGGGUCACCAUUCGAAGGUUGUGAUAUUCAAAUCAUGAAUACACAAGCACCAGGCCUUGACCCUAAAGGGCCAGAGUAUGCCGAUCAACCCAAAUCCGGGAAAAGGUUUAUGGUAAAGGUCCAGGCAGGAGAUGUAGUAAGACAGUCGAACUUAGGUGGUGCACUACUUACCAUAUACGACCGUAGCAUGACAAUUCAUGGUGAUCUAGACUGGAAGAAUUGCUCUCUUUACCACAUUGUACAACAGUGCGGAAUAAAUACUCAUGGUGUCGGCUGGAAAAAGAUGUUCUUUUGGGCUGUGUUUACUGAUAGAGUCUAUCGUAGCGCACUCCGUAUUUUUACCAAAAGGCUUCCACCAUACCAAAAUUGGUAAACAAUCUUCAACAAGCUUAAGGUAAAGGAAUAAUGAAGAACAAUGACAAUUUAUUCGCUAUAUAUUAUACAAACAAACAAUUAUACAGACAAAUUAUUUGCCUCAGACUCGGUGAUUAUCGGGGAAUAUUCACCUUUACGAAUGUUUUAGUAUUUUUACACAAGUCUUUUGUGUUAUUUGGUAAUGAAUUUAUUUUAAUUUCGCUUAAUAAUUCUUUAUCAGUAAACUUCCACAAAACGGCUAGCCGCCAUUUUGAAAAUUUCAGCUCUGUUAUAUUCACCUGUAGGUGAAUAUAACAACUUAAUGCGUCAUAUUUGACCAAUCAGGUUGUAGGAUUUAUUAUAUUCACUUGUGCAAAAAUACUAAAAUAUAAUAAAACAGUAAUUUGAUGAUUUUGUAAAUAAAAUUAAUUAUCUCGGAUGAUCUAAUGAUGGAUCUUUUCAAAAUCCAUGCAUUCUUACUGUAUGAUAAUAAAAGUGGGUGUUAGCGCGAUUGUACAUUACAUAAUAUCCUGGUAACAUCUUAAGAACGAAAACAAGCUAUGCCUAAUGGAAAUGUUUAUAAUAAUAUAUUUCAUUUUUUACGUGUCAGUGUUAUUUCGAUUUCUGUAAUCCGAUUGUUUGCAGGAGCGCGUAGCUUUUUACAAUAUACUCAUGUCGAGUUUAACUAACGACCAGGCCCCAAUGACCAUCUGUUACACCAGUCUCACUGAAUGUGAAGUGAAAAAGGUGUUUGUUUACUCAAUACAGCAAGAAAAAAGAAUGUGAAUUUAUCAAACCCGUCCAAUUUGCAACGCAUCAAGGAAGGCAAAAAUACUGAAUAAGAGCAUACUGAAAAAGAGCCCAAAACUAACACGAUUAGUACAUAUCGCUACUUACCAUUUGACAUUCUGUGUCAAAAAGAUUCGAUCGGUGAGUGGUCUGCUGACACACUGUGAUCCCUUAUUCAAAAUUGAACUUUAUUAAUUAAAGGAUUACACAGAUUACUGGUGAACCAGUAUUUUACAUUGUGGUCCAUAAUUAACACCUGUUCGUAUAACGUUCAGUCGUUGUUGUGCUUCUUACGAGAGAAAGGCCUUUCUGUAAGAGAAUAUUAUAACACAGAAUUGUGCAAGGUAGUCGGUGAGGGUGUCCCUCGCCAUAACCAUGUUUAAAAACGCAGUUUGACUUCCAGAAGUGCAAAAAAUGGACUGUACGUUUCUUCACAUGUGUUUCGGUUUCUUUUUCUGACAACGUGUGACCAGUAUUACAAAUCAACGAAAGACGAGUCUUACCCAUCGUAUUGUUUUUAAGUCAUAAACCAUUUUUUCCUGAUAGUGAAGUCUCGUUUCGCAUGCAAUGGUGCAUGGAGGUGGGGCGAGGCAGGCGACGGGGGGGGGGACUGUAGGCACAGCCAGAUUGUGCUACCAAAUUUCGAAAAAGUUGCUCAAAAUAUGUCAGAAAGUUGCUACAAAAUUUCGAAACGUUGCUCAAAAAGUUGCUCAAAGUGAAAAAAGUUGCUCAAAAGUUGCUCUAAUGUUCUUAUAUUUACAAUACACAUUUGACAUCAUAAGUAACAGUAUUUCAAACUCUAACAUCAAGGAACAUAUGUACUGUAGUUCUUUUUAUAUAAUUACACAUAUGUACUGUAGUUCCUUUUAUAUAAUUACAAGGUUUACGCCAUCAAUACAUCCAAACAACAAUUAACAAGUGUGAACAGGAACUGUAAUGAAAAAAUUUAUGGAAUUUCAAUACGAUUAGAGAGCCUAUUAGAGAGCAACCUAGUGCUUUCUUAGAGUGCUGUUAUAGCGAACCAUAACAGAUGCCUCAAUGUAAGCUUCGAGUAAGUUUCCCUGUUGCGAUGACAUACUGUUAAGCAAACUAAACACAUGUUCAACAGCAGCAGAGCUAGGCUGCAUUAGAAGCAACUUCUUCACCAGGGGCCGGUUGUAUAAAACUCUUAAUCACUUUUUUAAUCACUAUUUUGUAGUUAAAUAGUGAUUAACUCUCAAAUAGGCGCUUCUUAUUGGAUGACGUUUGCACUUAAUCAUAGUUAACUUUAAUCACUUUUUUAUACAACCGGUCCCUGAGCUGACCAGUGUGGUAAAGUCUCGCGUUGUGCUGCCCAACAGGUAACUUUUUCAUCUUCAUUGCCUAAAGUGACGCCAUCAACAGCCGCAAGAUAAUCUGGCAACUCAUUAGCUAAGUUGGCUAUUGUGUUGUCAUUCACGAAUGGAAAGUUGCUAAAUUCUUCGAGUGCAGCAGCAUCACUGGGCAACAAAGACGUGCGACCUUUACAAUAUAAUAAUAACGGUAAUAACAUAAUUAUUAUUAAAAUAAAUUUAGACUUUUUCUGAUUUCGAAAUGAAUAUAACAAGGAUAAAUCAAAUAUUAGUUUCACGUAAACAUGUAAUUCCACAAUGAAUGCGAGUUAAUAACAGGCAUACCUUAAAAGCGCGAACAAUUGUGUGAAACUGCACGCUGAACUUUUCCUGAAAAAAGAGCAGUCCGGGUUGCACACAUGCUUUUGCCUGAGUAAUGAGCUGGUUUUGAACCACAACGUCACCGUUGGCAAUUUCUCGAGCAAUGGCAGAGGUGCUUGGAAAAUUGACUACUCCAAUGGCAUUACUAACAGCUGAUAAACGCUCGUAACAGGAGAAAAUUAACGGCCCGUCACCUUUCAAAUAGUAGGUUGCCUUGACAAAUUGGACACCAGCGUCAACAAUUACAGCAAGCUCCAAACGGAGAUCCUGAAGAUCGCGAGGGUUGUCAAUUAUUUCCAAAAGAUGUUGGCGUGUUGCAGGGGAGAGAUUCUCAUUUUCUCGCAGGAAGGGCACGACAUCACCAAAAUAUUCAUAGACUUGUUUUUGGACCUCCCACUUACUCCACCAUCGUGUAUUACUGUAAGAGCGCAUUGAUUGGCCAGUUCUCUCUUUCCAAAGAAGUUUGGCAUUAUAGCUAUUGGCAAACAAACUUAUCCAAUGGCGAAAAAAUAUAUCCAGAACUCUAAAUUUGAAAUGGGUUCCCACAUUAUCAAUGGUAUGAGAAAAACAAGUAACAUAAAAAAGCAGCGCCGUCUCAUUGUGGCGAGUACCAUAUUUGGACCAAAGUUAUGAUUUACAGCAAGACACGACAUCAAUCGCUGCGCCAGUUCUGAACCCUUUAGCGGCUUUGCAAGAACUUCCAAGCAUAUUAGGCGCUGCGUAGGCUUGAAAUUCUCCUGCACAUAACGUAUCACAAUUGCAAGAGCCUCGCCAAGUCGGGCUGUUCCAUCAAAUAUCAUAGAUACUUCCUGCACGUUUUGGAUUUCAGCUUUGAUUUUCUCGCGUUCUUUCUCAAGUACCGAUGGAAUGAUAUCUUUCAUGUGGCUAGCGCCGGUUAACCUAUAUAAUCAAUGAAUAUUUAACCACUAUUCAAUUACACAUUAAUCAUGAUACGUGGUGUUGUGUUUUCCACACCUACCCAAGAUGCAGCAACCACCACAUCGUAAAUUUCAUUUAACAUAAGGUCUUAAAGAUCUUUUGUCAAAUUACAACAUUAUAUUCUAGUGCUAAUGUCCCAUUUAUUACCUGUGCCGAGCAUACUUUUCAAGAAAAGGACGCAUGAUGUCAAUCUUUGAAAUUUCUAUACCAGCUAGCAGAAACGUCUCUACUAGUUCAAAACGAAACAGCCUCAUAUCUUCAGGUAAAGUUGAGCCGCUCGCACGAUCGCGUAUAUCUUGCUUUUUUAAACACUCCAAAAUAGUCUGGUUCUCCUUUUUGCUUUUGGCGAUGCUUGCAAUUCCGUUUACAUGUUUUUUCGAUUGGACGUGCUUCUCGAUGGAACUUUUUUUAAUACUAAUUAUCUCACUGCAGGCAUUACAUCGUAACUGCCCAUUUUCGUUGACGAAAUGUUGACCAGGGAAAUCUUUUAGUCUGUCCCAAACACAGGUAUCAUUUUUCGAGUGAUUUUUCACACAACUUUUCCUUGUAUUUCCCACUGUUUUUUAUGAUUUUCCGCUUCCUCGAAAUAGCAGCUCGAUCAGGAUCUUUAUUUAUUGCCAGUUUAAUUGGGUUUGUGACAGCGUCAUCUUCUUCGCUUGAAUUUGACGACAAUACGUCCGCCAUAUUUGAUUGACAGCUUUGCGACCACUGAUCUAUUAGCGUUUCUG